CAUUUCUACUUGUUACAAGUUUCUCUCUCCUUAAUCUUGCUGGCUGUGCUCUUGCCUCAUGCUUCAGAAGUGUGUCAUAAUGAGACAAACUGCUGUCUUUUUUUGUCUCACGCAGUGCCAAGAUGGGCUAUUUACAUCAUCUUUGCCGUCAUCGUCUUGCUGAUUUUGGUGUGUAUUAUUUGGAUCUGUGUGAAAUGCUGUUGCAAGAGCAAGAAAGAGAGAAAGAACAAGCCGGACCAUCAGAUCAAUCUACAAGGGGUGACUGGUUCCACGACUACAUCGCUAGUAAGUAAAGGUAGAAGUAGCAGUAGCUUGGUCUUGGUGGGAUAACGCAGAGCGUCUGCCCCAUUCUAUCCAUUUCUUCUUGCUUGGAUUGGUCGCCGUUGUGGAGGAGUGAAGUAGAGGUGUAGCCUUAGCUCCUUAUGUAUGUUAGGAUGGGCCAUUGCUUGAGGGAUUGAUUGUCUAGCCGGUGAAUGAGAUCGGCUGGUUCAAGCUAUGACAGUGUUCUUGAUGGGCAGGUCCAACCUGGCUCGGAUGAUGCAGACUAUGGCUCAGCUAAAAACCGGGGAAGACUACUCUACUCUCUGGAAUACAAGGCACAAGAGGUUAGUUAGUCUUUUGACUUGUAACUUUAUCAAAACACUGUAGCCACCACAAGCCAUAGAACCAGAGUUCCCAUUUGAUCACAGAUUAAACAAGAUACACUACAGGACCAAAAGUAUGUGGACACCUGCUCGUUGAACAUCUCAUUCCAAAAUCAUGGGCAUUAAUAUGGAGUUGGUCUCCACUUUGCUGCUAUAACAGCCUCCACUCUUAUGGGAAGGCUUUCCAUUAGAUGUUGGAACAUUGCUGCGGGGACUUGCUUCCAUUCAGCCACAAGCGCAUUAGUGAGGUCGGCACUGAUAUUGGGCGAUUAGGCCUGGCAGAGAACGCAUUUUCACUGCUCCAGAGUCCAAUGGCGGCGAGCUCUACACCACUCCAGCUGCCGCUUGGCAUUGCGCAUGGUGAUCUUAGGCUUGUGUGCGGCUGCUCAGCCAUGGAAACCCAUUUCAUGAAGCUCCUGAUGAACAGUUCUUGUGCUGACGUUGCUUUCAGAGGCAGUUUGGAACUCGGUAGUGAGUGUUGCAACCGAGGACAGACGAUUUGUAAGCGCUACGCGCUUCAGCACUCGGCGGUCCCGUUCUAUGAGCUUGUGUGGCCUACCACUUUGCGGCUGAGCCGUUGUUGCUCCUAGAGGUUUCCACUUCACAAUAACAGCACUUACAGUUGACCGGGGCAGCUCUAGCAGGGCAGAAAUUUGUUGGAAAGGUAGCAUCCUAUGACGGUGCCACGUUGAAAGUCACUGAGCUCUACAAUAAGGCCAUUUUACUGCCAAUGUUUGUCUAUGGAGAUUGCAUGGCGGUGCUCGAUUUUAUACACCUGGCUGAAAUAUCCGAAUCAUCUAAUUUGAAGGGGUGUCCACAUACUUUUUUAUAUACUGUAUAGUGUAUGAAUUAUCACACAAAUGAAGAGAGAAAUGUCAGAUUUUUCAAAAUGUCACUUAAGUUUACUUCAGUGUGUCUUAAUUUUUCUACCAUACAGCAGUUGGAAUUACAGUAAUCUUGCAUGUGUGUGUGGCCCUUUAUCUUCCUCUACUGUCUUUGACUAUCCUGCCAUCUCUCAUCCCCUGCAGCUGACAGUGGGGAUUAAACAGGCUGCAGCGCUGCCAGCUAUGGACCUGGGUGGCACCUCUGACCCCUAUAUUAAAGUCUACAUCACCCCCAAAAAGUCAAAGACAUUAGAGACUAAGGUCUACAGGAAAACCCUUAACCCCGUUUUCAAUGAACACUUCAAAUUUGAGGUAUUAGAGGGAUAUUCCUACUGUAUGUUUUAUAUGUUUAAGAGCUUUUUAGCCAGACUACUGUUUUUUAAACAGUGUAACUGAGUCUGUUUCUGCACCACUCUUGACUCUUGUCUGACUAUCUUGUGUCCAGAUUGACAAAGCUGAGCUCAAUGAGUCCACCAUAGUCAUGAAGGUGUUCGACUUCGAUAGGUUCUCUAAACACGACAUCAUUGGGGAGCUGAGGCUGCAGCUCGGAACCAUCGACUGGAACCAUGUGAUUGAGGAGUGGAAAGACCUUAGUGAACCCUCCAAGUCUGAGGUUAGGAUGUGACUUGAUUUUUGGACCUAAAUGGACCGGUCAUAAUGCUGAUACAAGAACAGGAAGCAAAAUGUGUAAUUGUAGUCUACCUCUGGAAUUUGAAUACCACAAAGUUCUAAAAUCCAGCAGUAGGCCUAAUUUUUCUUGAAAUACUAUAUGCCUACAUACUGUAUUUCCACCUGGUUGUUAAUGUCGUUUCUGGUUACCUUCUGUGAUUACAGGAUAUAAUUCUGGGGGAGAUCUGCUUCUCGUUGCGUUACGUCCCCACCACCAGCAAACUGACUGUUGUCAUCCUGGAAGCCAAGAACCUAAAGAGUAUGGAUGUAGGGGGCUCAUCAGGUAGGUCCAAGCCCUGGCUCUCUGAGAGGAAGACUGCAUGGUUGAUUUUGUGAAGAGGCUAGUUAGGAUUAGCCUGGAAUCCAGACCGGAUUUGUGCUGAAAUUCCACUCCUUGUACUCAGUGUCAUAUGCCAAACAUAUGACAUGGAGUAACAAGGAGUGGACUGUUACAAAACAGGUCUGGAUUCCAGGCUAAGUUAUGAAUAUGACAAAUAAUACUACAUUAUUAUUGUGUCCAGUUUUGAUUAUUACAAAUAAUACUGGAUGCUCAACUGUCAUUCAUGUACACUGUAGAUCCCUAUGUAAAAGUGCAGCUAGCUCUGGACAAGAAGAAGUGGAAGAGAAAGAAGACGUCUGUUAAAAAGUGCACACAAAAUCCCUACUUCAACGAAUCUUUUACAUUCGUGGUGUCUUUUGAACAAAUUCAAGUAAGUAUGAUCGUAUCUCAGAAUAUGGCUAAGAUUAGGCCUUUUUGGCUCUCCAGCCAGUUACAAACUCAGCUGCCUGCAUGUUAUGGAGCUCCAAGAAAGAGGCCAUCCCUUUACAGUCCAUUGUUAUAUUUUGGCAAAAAAAAUGUAAAGCGUCAAUCUGCGAUUUGUAUAUCAAUUUUUUGACUUUUUAAUGAAUGCACUGUAACGGAAAACUGUAAUUUAUUCGGUAAUUUAUGUUAUUAUCAACAGUAAAAUACUUUGAAACUUUUUACCGCAGCAUACUAUAAAUUAUGGUGCAUUGUGCGAAAAUGUUGUGGGCGGGGAAAUAAUUGCUGUAUUUCGAAUGGUAUUCCAUUCCAUCCCAUAGAAUACAGUACCGUACAGUACCAUGCCUUUGGAGCGGCAAAAACCUUUUUAUCACUAGUGGGUGCAUUGUAUUGUUGUUUCUGGCUCAUUAUUAUAUUUUGAGUCGUCCCUUGUAAGAGGCUAUAAUUUGAUGCACCCAUAAGUGAGAAUGUGGUUAUAGUGCCCUAUCAAUUUAAAAUGUAUAGGGGUCAGAUUGGAGUGGCAGCAAGUCUUAAACCUUAAAGGGGGGCUGAACUUCCUGAUUUAGCCUCAGUUUCAAUUCUCCUAAUUCGGAAAUGCGACUGAGAACGGGAUUUGUGUCUUGGAGGCGUGCUUUGAUAUGGAUAUCUCUGAUGUGGGUAUCUCGUGAGAAGCGUUUGUACUUUCACUCUGCAAAACAGUAUACAGUUACAGUAACUCACCUUUCUAGAUAACUUGAAACAGUUUAACCAGGUCUUGUGUUUGGAAGUAGCCUAGACUAGCUACCAAGCCAGCCAACUUCUUUCGCCAAUUAGCUUCAGCCGCUGGUGUGCGACCCGUGUUUGGAUAGCCUAUCUGUGGGUAUAGUUAGGGACUGUCAAUAAAUUACACAAUGUAAAUGGGACAAUAUUUUCAUGUUGCACAUAUUUUAGUUGUCUCAUUAUAUGCUUUAAAUAUUUGCAUAUUAAUUUCUACAAUUUAUAAUUGGUUUGAGGUUUUUAAGUCAUUGAAAUUUGGAGCAAAUGACGUUUUAAAAUAUUGUCCCCUGUACGUUGUGUAACUGACUGAUGGUCCCUAACACAAUAGGUUGGGGCCCCUUAAUUGGGGAGGACGGGCUCAUAGUAAUGGCUGGAAUGGAGUCAAUGGAAUGGUAUCGAACUCAUCAAACACAUGGUUUCCAUGAGACUGACUUUAUGAUCAAAAUUAUCCUAUUUACAUUUUUUAGUCAAUUUUGACACUAGAAUACAUCUUUCUGACUAAUAUCGAUGCCACAUAGGCCAUUUUCUAUCAGAUAAGUUGUUUAUUGGCUUCAGUUGCUCUUUAAAUGUUUGAGCAUUUUUCCAUUUCCUUUUGGUCCGUUUUGCCCUGUAGUCACUGCCAGUUUGGAAGCCUAUAAAGGUCCAAUGCAUCCGUUUUUAUGUCAAUAUCAAAUCAUUUCUGGGUAACAAUUAAGUACCUUACUGUGAUUGUUUUAAAUUAAAAUGGUAAAGAAAUACACAAAAUAGCUUCUUAGCAAAUUCUUCUCAAGCAAUAAUUUUGCUAGGACUGUCUGAGAGUGGUCUGAGUAGGGAGGUGAAAACUGAAAACUAGCUGUUAUUGGCAGAGAGGUUUGGAACUCUCUUUCCUAUUGGUCUAUCAACUAAUUUACCACCUGGUGAUGUCACUAGGCAAGCCAAAAAUCCAUCCCACCAAAAUAAGCUGAAAUUUCAGGUGGUCUUUUCAAACAGCUCUUACACUAAAAUUGCAUUAUCAUAUUUUUCACUAUUUCACUGUAUUAUUCCAACCUCAUAGCAUGGAAAUAUAUAUAAAACACAGAGAAAUCCAGUUUUUGACUGCACUGGGCCUUUAAGGCCUCUAGAAGUGCAAAUGACAUAAAACACCAAAUAUUCAUUAAUAUGCUGUAAUGUGUAACACUUUACCUAGCAGCCAACCUGCUUGCACCAAUCCCUUGUAAUUACAGUAAAAUACUGUGAAAUACAAACCCCUCCCUCAAUGAAUUUCAUUCAUCCAUUAAUUAUUUCAGAUUACGGUAACAUGUCCUUUUUUCUUCUCAGUAUAAUACAGUCAACUUUACCGUACUGUACUGUGUGUCUAUCACAGUACUUGCUUUGAUACCGUAUUUAUAGUAGAGUAGGUGUACUGUAAUAUGAAAUACAGAAUUUUACUUGCCAUUGAGCUGCUGGUAAAUUACUGUCAAAUUAACGGCAACCCCUUUACAGUGUGAUAUACUGUAUACCCAUUCAUUCUUAAAGAAUAUAACUUAGCAAUGCCUCAUGAGCUGAGUUCAACUGUCGUGCCCCAUCAGAACCCAAAAUACACUGAGUAUACAAAACAUUAGUAUUGAGUUGCACCCCCUUUUGCCCUCAGGACAGCCUCAAUUCAUCGGGGCACGGACUCUACAAGGUGUUGAAAGCGUACCACAGGGAUGCUGGCCCAUGUUUACUCCAAUGCUUCCCACACUUUUGUCAAGUUGGCUGGAUGUCCUUUGGGUGGUGGACCAUUCUUGAUACACACGGGAAACAGUUGAGCUUAAAAAACCCAGCAGCGUUGCACUUCUUGACACACUUACGUCGGUGCACCUGGCACCUAAUACCAUACUCUGUUCAAAGGCACUUAAACAUUUUGUCUUGCCCAUUCACCCUGUGAAUGGCACACAUACACGAUCCAUGUCUCAAAUGUCUCAAGGCUUAAAAAUCCUUCUUUAACCUGUCUCCUCCCCUUCAUCUACACUGAUUGAAGUGGAUUUAAGUGACAUCAAUACAGGAUCAUAGCUUUCACCUGGAUUCACCUGGUCAGUCUAUGUCAUGGAAAGACCAGGUGUUCCUAAUGUUUUGUACACAGUGUAUCAGCUUGUUUUACUCCACAAUUUGUAAGCAAUGUAACUGUAAACAAAACCGUAUAGCGUCAAAGCAUGGUUAAUCUAUCAUUUUCAUAUCAUGGAUGGUCAGUCCUUGCAUCCAUAGCUCUGUCUAUACAUUUGAGAGUGGUUACAUUUUUCCAACCCCAUUCCUCAACUGUUUACAAAAAACUAUAUUGUUUGUACUGCGGAUUGCCCCUUUAAACAAAAAGGUGAUGGGACCUCCUCUGUAGAAGUACAGUUUGCAGUGACUGUUCUCUGCUGUUGCUCCCUCCCUCCAGAAGGUUCAGCUGGUGAUUUCCGUGUGGGACCAUGACAAGUUUACCAGGAACGAUGCUAUUGGGAAGAUCUUCCUGGGUUGUGAUGCUGCAGGGAACCAGCUGAGGCACUGGGCAGACAUGCUGUCCAACCCCCGUAAGCCUGUGGCCCAGUGGCACAACCUGUUUUCCAGCGAACAGGUGGACUCCACCCUCGACCUCAAACACUCAGUCAGGAUCCCCUUCAUUAAUAAGAACUUUUGAGAAAACUUAGACUCACUUGCCAGACUCAUGGCACUUCAGCGGCUGUGGGAAGAGGCUAGAAAGAAAUCCUCUUCAGUGGCCUGACAUAACCAGCUUCCAUCCUCUACUUCAAUAAGCUAAUAGCAGCUUGGAGUCUCUUGCACUUUUAAACGCUGAAAAAUA